UGGAGGAAAGCCGGAGAACCUGGAGAAAAAGCCACAGACCUACAGCAAGUUCCUAGCGACUGCCCCACGUAGGCCUCAAACCCGCUACCUAACGGUGUAGGGCUAGUGGUAGCAGAAUGUAACAUGCCUUAACCACAUGGGCACCGCGGCUUCUAACCGAGACGGCUACAGAAACUAGCUUCAGUUCGUUGAUCAUUUAGAAGAUAUGGGUAACAUCUUUCGUCCUGGUCCAAAACCAAUCAUCGCUCCUGUCGAAAAAUCUACUGUGGCUGAAGUGAAUCAAUCUGCUGUAAUCAAAUGUAAGGUAGAUAAUGCAAUUUCUGCAUAUUGGAGUACUUUCAAAGACGGGACACGACAGAAAAUAGACAAAAAUGAUGGCAGAUACAAAGUUCACUUUUCAGGUGGUAUUUGUUCUCUUAGGAUACUAAAAGUGGAAAUAGACGAUGGUGGUUUCUAUGUCUGUACCGCAACCGGUUCUAAUGGCACAACAGAACAACAACAAGUUAAUCUCCGUGUCGGACCAACAAUUCAAAUAGAAAAGCAGCGAUACAAGUGUUACACAAAUUCACAUGUAACCCUUAAAUGCAACGCAGUUGGUGCUGACAGAUGUGAAUGGAAAUCAAAAGAACCCAUCACGGUACCUUCCUAUAGAUAUGAAUUGAAUCAAGAUUUUAGCCUGACGAUACAUGAACUAGAGGAAAAUGACCGGGGUGAAUACACUUGUACGGUUACAAAUGACCAUUCCGGUCUUGAAAAAAGGAGUGAAAAGAUCACAUUAGACGUGGUUCCAUUUUGCAAAAAGAUAGACUGGAAAAACAAAGGACAGAAAGAUGAACUAUUGAAGGAAGUUAAAGAGAUUGCGAAGGAAAAUUUUAGAAUUCUUCUCUAUGGACACACAAAUUCUGGAAAAUCAAGUUUCAUAAAUUCUUUGAAAACCGCUGUCACAGGGGAAUUAUCCGAGAUUACACCUCAGGGAAGCACAGACCAGUCCAAAACGACAAAGGACUCACAUUUGAAAAUAGCAGAUUUGCCAUUCACAAUUUGUGAUACAUCUGGAUUCGACAACACUGCAAAGGGGGACCGAAUUGAUGUUGACCUGCUCAAUAUUCUGCAAAACAAAAAGGAAACAGGGAACAGUGAUACGGUUAAACCCCGGAAACCCAUUCAUGCCGCCGACAGAAGUAAGCUGCCCAUGUUCUGUGUUGUUUAUGUUGUUGCAUGUAAUAUGGUCAAGUUAAUCCCGGACGAAAAAUGUGCACGGAUAAAAUUGCUCCAACGAAAGAUUGAACAAUUAGGUUUCCAAAUGGUGAUCCUCAUAACAAAAAUUGACCUGUUGAUGAAAGAGGAUAUUUCGAUGACCUACGGUAGCGAUCAAUUGAGGGACGAAAUGGAAGUUCUCCAUAAAAAGAUUGGCAUCGACGAAAAGAAUAUGUAUGCCGUACAAAACUACUGCCGCGAAACCGGAACCGAUGAUCAUAUGGACCAGGCUCUCCUCUACGCCCUCAGAUGCAUAUUACAAAAGUUGACCGACAUAAGUGAUGCCUAUGGAUCCCAGAAUGAGGAAGAAUGAUUGAGCAGCAAUUAAAGAAAACUUCACUAGAUAUUGUUGAAAGAAUUAUGCUAUAAAAUUCAAGCGAGAUACAUUUACCUCUUCCUAAAACAAGUGGAACUUGUCAUAAAUUACUCAAUGACAACUUUUUAUAUGUUUGUAAAGCUAGAAGAAAGUUAAAAUGUCCAUUUUAUGAAGGGGAUCGAAGGCAAAGAUUUAACGCUUGUUUCAAAGUGUCAAAAGGUGUUAAUCGCCCAGUUGAAUGUGAUGAAACACGGGUGGAUCGGAAACAUUCAAGAGAAGCUGAAGGUUUUCUACCAAAAUGACAAGUUUAUUUACAUAGAAAAAUGAAAAGUGUCAAAUCUCCUUCAACGGUAUCAGACAAAGUAUUUCAGGCCCAUUUACAAACAAACUUGAGUUUAUGUUUUUUGCAAUGGCGUAUUAUAUAGAUUUUUUCUUUUUAUGUAUUUAUUUUCCUUUUGUUAUAACUCUUUAACAUAUUUUAUCUAAAAUAUUUACUACAUGGAAAACACAUUAUUUAAUCGCACAGUUGCCAUGAGACUGGAACGAAUAUCAAAUUUACUAUGGAACGCUGAUAUUGAAAUUAAUGAUAUUCUUAUUUCAAAGAUUCGUUGCUAACCAAACUUGUGAAAAUAUAUAACUGCGUUGUAAAGAGAAAUAUCAUGGAGGAUAAUUCCGUUGAAAGCCGAUUUAAAACUACACUUUCAAAAUAUGAAAUGUUUACAUCUUAUGUUUUGAUUUUUGCGAUGUAAUUCUUCACAAUGAAAUUAAAAUAAGAAGAGGACCACUUUAUAAUAGAUGUCUUUAAAAUGUGAUGAUGUGGCUAUCUUGAUAAUUGCAUAGAUUAUAUGACGGAUGGUGUUUGAAUAUGUUAGUGUGAUUUGUGAUGUUUAUUUUUUGCCAUGUAUUUAUUUUUAGCCGAUUCUUAUAAUUACUGAAAUAAAUACAUCUACAAGUUUAUCACAAGAUAAUUUUUAGUUCAUAAUGUCAAUUAAUAGAAAUAAUAUUUUUUAUUGAAAUUGAUUCACUCUGCAACACAGAUAAUCUUAAAUUUUGUAAGUCUUUAUUAAGUGUCAAUAAAAUUAGAUCGAACUGCAACGUUA